AUGUUGAUCAAAAGGAUAUUGCUGUACCUUCUCCUGGUCAUGCUGGCUCAGAGCAGCUCUCAAGUUUACGGAUCUGAUGCCAGAGGUUGUUUACCCGAAAUUCAAGUUCAAAGAGGCUCCCAGUACAAAGCUCAUGUUGGGGGCUCUUUGUCUAUAGAGUGUCCAGGUCAGUACUGCCACACAAGGCCACUCGUGCAGUGGUGCAAGAUGGAAGGAGCUACAUGUGUGCAGCUGGAGAAGGGCAAAGCAGGCUGGAAGUCUGACUCUGUGUUCACCCUGGAGAUUUCCCCAGUCCACCAGAACGACACCGGACGGUUGCGGUGUCAAGCCAAAGUGGGCAACUUGUCCAUUGAGAGCCAUGAAAUAAAGAUCAUUGUUGAAGAAAAGUCUGUAAACAUCACAGUUUCACCAGAAAAUACCACCAACACCUCAGAAGAGUCUCAACAAUCUGGAAACUACAACAUUUUGCACAUUAUUUAUGUCUCAGCACCCAGUGUGUCAGUUAAGAUACUGAAUCUUUAA